AUUUUUAUAUGCAGGGAAUGGAAAGGUUUUGCUAUAAAAGGUCGAUUCGACGUUAAGAUGUCAGUAGAGUUAUUUCUAACAUCAAACAAAUAGCAAUAGAACAAAUUGUAACAAACAUGAAGUUCGUCAUUGCCGUAGUCUUGCUUGCCUUGGCUUUGGGUGCCAACUCCUCAGUUUUGCCCUGGGAACCAGUCGUCGUGGGUGGUCCUCUUCCUGGUACUGUAGUACUUGGAUCUCAUCCCCAUGCUGCUGUCACAGUAGCUGCUCACCCACCUCAUGUGGUUGCUGGCCCUGGACCUGUUCAAGUGGUCUCCGGUCCCGUUCCUGCUGUAGUUGCUGCCCCUCAUGUAGUUGCCGCCCCACAUGUUGUUGCCGCUCCUGCUGUAGUUCCUGCUCAUAGUGGUACUUUUGUUGCCAAGACCCGUGGUGCUGUACAUGUUGCCCCAUUGGCUGGUCAUGCCCAAUCUGUGGCCUCAGUUAACUUGCAACCUGCUCCAGGAACUGUUUAAAGUCUCAUUUUAGAUAAAUUUAAAGAAAUUCCAGAUUUGAUCAUCUAUACACAUCUUUAAGGACAUCCUACACCAUAAAUAGUUUUAUAAAAGCAACAAA